AGUGAUUUGAGUUAUCUGUCAUCGUAUGUACAUUGUCACCCUUCUUCUGGCAGUUCUGGUCUACUCCCGGUCAGCAGCACCGCCACCACCUCUCUGGUUAGGUUAAGUAUUUGAAAGCUUAACCGCCCGCCGUUUCCUGUCUAGAUUUUGCCCAUAUGUCUUCAGUUCGUUGUUCAUCGUGCAAUUUGUUUGUUCUUUGAGAAGGGGAAAAAAUUAGUCACACAUCUACACACACGCACGCACUCACUAGCAACAAUGGCCACCAUGACUGCUAACAUCGGGCCCGCUGCCAGUUACCCUUCACCCCCACAAUAUUCACCCCCCUCAGAUAAACAAAUGAUUGAUGGCAGCUACGAGCCUAAUUCAAUGUCGUCUUCUUCAUCUCCACAUGCCACUCAUGGCAACUCUAACGACAAGAGUCCUCUGUCGUCGCUGAACCUCAACUUUCUCAAGACACUCAGCGAAAAGAGGACGACGAGGGAUGGCAACCCCCCGAAGAGACGGGGUCCUAAACCUGAUAGCAAGCCAGCUUUGACCCGCCGUCAAGAGUUAAACCGUCAGGCACAAAGAACCCACCGUGAGCGUAAGGAGCUUUACAUCAAGGCACUGGAAGAUGAGGUGCUGCGAUUAAAGGAGGUGUUCAGCAACGUAUCACAGGAUAAGGAUAAGCUCGCCGAGGAGAACCGACAUCUGCGAAGCCUCCUGCAGCAGAAUGGCAUUGCGGCGUCCGGCGUCGGAGCCAUGGACGAUGUCAUCAGCAACCCUAGCAUGGGAUACACAUCGAGCGGGAGCAUCUCCGGCAGCUACGCACCCGGCUCCAGCUCCGCAUUCACACCACCCAUGACAGCCAUCUCAUCGCUCCCUUCGGUGGCCGGCUCCGCGCAUAUGAUGGGUGCCCACAUGGGCCAGCAGCACCCUGUUCAGAGCGUAGUGGACUACGACCAGGCUGGGAUUGAUUUCGUGUUAGCUCUCGAGAAACCCUGCAUGGACCACCUACCGUGGUUGCUAGAGAAAGGCAGCGAUAACCCCGGCGAGCCCUGCGGCCACGCGCUGAUGGCCUCGUGCCCCCCUGAGCCAUUCGCCGAGCUCAACAGCGAGAUCCCCUUCGGCCAUUCCCACAGUGCCGCUGCCGAAGGGGGCGAGGCCACGACGAAGAAAGGAGAGCAACAGCCUCUGAGGACUUGGGAGCUUUCCAAGGGAGACCUCACGACCCUCCUCGACCUGAGCAAGAGAUUAGAUCUCGACGGAGAGAUCACCCCCGUCAUGGCCUGGGGCAUGAUUCUAGGGCACCCCCGCCUCACAGAAUUGACCCACAAGGACUUCAAGAAGAUCACCGAGGACCUCAAGGACAAAGUCCGCUGCUACGGGUACGUCAAUUGAAUCAAUACAUCUUUGUUUUGCUCUAUUCGACUAGAUGCUAACCAAGACAUGCAAUAGAUUCGGCGCCGUCAUGGAAGAAUUCGAAGUGCGUGACUCUCUCACCGCCGUCUUCUCCGCCAAGCCAGAGGCGACCAUGGGUGCUUUCUAAGCAAAGCAAGAAGUGCAGCGCCGCCCUAUACAAUAGGGCUGGCCCGCGGCUCAUCCAGCACACCCUUGUAACCUCUACGACUGUAAUGACCCAAAAAAAAUUGCAACCUUAUCUGGGAGUGUAGACUGUAUUCUCAUUUUUUGAAGGAUACGAGCGUAGCGAGUGUGCAGAUGCUCCGACGCUCAGGCGAGAGAUAGUACCGGAGUCGGAGCUAUGGUGAUAUUAUUAUUUCAGGCGGCCCUUUCUCUGAUUUAUAUACUUAAUGGAAAUACCAUACCUACUGUAGUAGUCUUUUUGCCAAUACAAAUUUGAUAUUACUGCAGUUCUUCUAAGAU